CAUGAAGAGAUACGCAAAGAAAUGGUGUAGAAGAUUUCCGCUGUUCGGAGCUAUCUUCUGCAUUGUUUGCCUGUUUUCUUUGGCUAUAAAAUUGAACUUCGAUAUCAUCAAUCACAAUGACCGAUCAACUCUAGACGCGGCGGCCGAUACUAAAAGAGUUCGUAUAGCUUAUAUAGCACACAGGCCUAUAAAAACCGGAAGUUUUCUAAAAAAAAUUGAUAGGAUAAUUAAUUAUCCGUCUUUCGUUAUCCAUAAACCAAAAUUUAUUGAUCAAAAGGAUGAAGCGGCCUUUCUAAGUUCUGAUUUAAAUAUCGAAGCUUUAAAAGACGUCUCCGGAAGUCGUUUACAAGGUCGAAUAAUUUUUCAGAAAAAUGCAUCAAUACACGAAUCAUUCGAUUGCGGUUGGAAAACAAAUCUUAAAGAUUUUGAAGCCUACGACGUUUUAAAGGAAACAUCGGCAUAUUUAGUAUUAUUUAGACCAAGGAAUAGGAUUGUACAACAAAUUCUAAGAAAAUUGAAUUUAUCCGAACGAAUAGUCUACUACGAUAGAGCGUUUUAUAAAGUGAAUUAUCACAUUAACACAUGCCUAACACCCCCACUACAUCCAAUAUUAUGGCAGAAGGCCAGAAAGAAGCUUAUCGGCUCGAAUUAUUUAAAUAUUCCGUUAGAAAACAGCUGUGUUACUUUUAUUUAUUCUUCUGGGGGAGAAUUGAAGAGAAAGAUUGUAAAUUAUCAAGUUAUUGAAGCUUUUUUAAGGGAACGAUACCAAAACGUUUAUAGUCUCUCUUCAGAUGACCUCGAAACUUUGGAGAAGAGCUUAGAAAUUCUACCCAAAUCAAGAAUUAUUAUAGGUAUACACGGAAGUUCAAUGCAUUCAAUUCAAAUGGCUACUGCAAACGCUACAGUAAUAGAAUAUAUGCCAACAACGCACGAUGGAGCCGUAAUCCCUAGAAAUGUUGCGCAUACAAUCAUAUGGCAAACUGCUGAUAUGCUUCAGCAGUCUUAUUGGAGAUUACACGAAAUGCCUUUAAAUUCUUACGGAGAUAUUCGUAUUAAUGUUUUUAAACUGCAGCGAACGUUGGAAAUCGUCGACGCUAAAUAUCCGCCAGAUUAA